CGAGUAAUAUAGAUGCGCAAGACUCACGGAAUGUCAAAUGGAACAAUGUAACGGACCGGAGUGUGAGCCUUAACUGGAGGUUACUUAUUAAUCUAUGUCCAAGCCGUACCCCUACAUAAGGGUUAGAACCGGCGAUUGGAGAUCAGGACCCAAGCGAGCAUGAAAUUGGGAAGGUUAUGAUUGGUUCGCACGGAAGGAUUCUGCAGUAGCCGUGCCUUCUUCAUCUCCUCGUAUUUCAACAAUUUCUAAGGUAACGUGAAUCAACGCGACGCUAACAUAGGCUGUAACUUUAUCCCUACCCCUUGGACCUAAAAUACACCUCCAAAAAGUUACUUACCACGUGGUGUAAGGUGAGAAGCUUCCAACCCAGGACAAGACUGUCGAAGGCUGGUUCGAAAGAACAAGUGAAAACCCUCCAGGACAAGACAGAACGUAAUAGGACAUAAGUGUUUGUGUACGUCAGACCCGAACGUAAAAAUCAGUGUACGUGUUUCAGCUCAUUCGAAAUACUGACAGUCUGACAACCAGAUGCUAUCCAAGCCAGCGGCAGUCUAGUUACUUCAGUUUCGCAACGGACAAAAACUACCCUUUUUGUUUUCGCUGAGGUAAAUAAUGCACUGUUGUUUUGCUCAGUUGAACUAGAAAAAAGCUUGUUGAAUGGGGAAUAUCAUUUGUAUGCUACCUAAGUACAGGCAAGAUCUCUCACGAGCCUGGAGCACGGGGAUGCACCUGCCUUUCUUAUCCGACCUUUAAAGCGCAACGCCUCUCCGGAUCCCACGGAGCCGCCAGUUUACACCUACUUUGAUGGGAUAAGUAAACUUUUGUGAAGUCAAACCUCGAAAAGAGUUUUCCGGCCUAGGACCGAUUUCUUUUCACAUUAGAAUAUCACCAACAUUCCGCAUGGUACUUUGGUCGAAAGAACAAGACAAACUGUCCGAGAUGUCCACCGGUGCGAUAGAGAUGAAGAAGGAAGCGGUGGCACCGGCGUAUCACCAAACCAACGGGUCGGUGCACCCGGUCAUUCUGUCCGACAACAAUCAGGAGCUACAGCAGGAGGCAGGGGAGUAUGAGCUCACGGAGGUCACCUCUUUCACUGACAAGGGUGACCAAGACAUGGACCGGACAGAGAGUCUGGUCAUUGACUGUCGGGCUAAUGCCAAGGGACAGCGUGAGGAAGACGCUCUCUUAGAGAAUGCCAGCCAAAGUAACGAGAGUGACGACACCAGCACGGACCAAAGCCCGGUGCCACCACCCCCGCUUAAAGAGACGUCCUUUUCCAUUGGACUUCAGGUCGUCUUCCCAUUCCUGCUGGCCGGGUUUGGAACAGUGGCGGCUGGAAUGGUGUUGGACAUUGUGCAGCAUUGGACGGUGUUCACCGAGGUGAGCGAGGUGUUCAUCCUGGUGCCGGCACUGUUGGGCCUGAAGGGGAACCUUGAGAUGACCUUGGCCUCCCGCCUCUCCACCGCGGCUAAUAUUGGCCUGAUGGACACGGCGAAGGACAAGUGGAAGAUGAUCAUGGGGAACCUAGCCCUCAUUCAGGUCCAGGCCACGGUGGUGGGUUUUCUGGCCUCCAUAGCGGCGGUGAUCUUCGGCUGGAUCCCCGAGGGCCAGUUCAAGAUGGGCCACGCCGUGCUGCUGUGUGCCUCCAGCGUAGCCACCGCCUUCAUCGCCUCUCUGCUGCUAGGCCUGAUCAUGAUUGGCGUGAUCAUCGGCUCCCGGAAGGUGGGCAUCAACCCGGACAACGUGGCCACGCCCAUCGCCGCCAGCCUGGGCGACCUCAUCACGCUGGCACUGUUGGCGGGCAUCAGCACGGGACUCUACAAGGAGCUCGAGUUCAACGACUACGCCAACCCGCUGGUGUGUGCCUUCUUUGUGGCGCUGACGCCUAUCUGGGUGUUGAUUGCCCGCAAGAUCCCGUCGACCAAAGAGGUGCUGUACUCAGGAUGGGAGCCAGUGGUCAUUGCCAUGGCCAUCAGCAGUGUUGGAGGCCUCAUCCUGGAUAAGACAGUCAGCAACCCCAACUUUGCUGGCAUGGCCGUAUUCACCCCCGUCAUCAACGGUGUUGGUGGUAACUUGGUGGCGGUUCAGGCUAGCCGCAUCUCCACCUACCUGCACAUGAAUGGCCUGCCUAUGGGUGAGCCCAACCCCACUACAAGCAAGUGUCCCACGCCCUGCACUACAUUCUUCGGUUCAGGUGUGAACUCUCGUUCGGCGCGGGUGCUCUUCCUGCUGGUGGCGCCAGGGCAUCUAGUCUUCCUGUACACCAUCAACACCAUGCAGGGGGGCCACACCACGCUCACCCCCGUCUUCAUCGGCUUCUACCUGGCCGCAGCCCUCAUCCAGGUGUCGAUCCUACUCUACCUGGCCAACUGGAUGGUACAGUGGAUGUGGGGGCGGGGCAUGGACCCCGAUAACUUUUCCAUUCCGUACCUGACGGCACUCGGGGACCUGCUGGGGACCGGGCUGCUGGCCCUCUGCUUCCACGUCCUGUGGCUGAUUGGGGACCGCGACACAGACGUGGGGGACUGAGAAACCUCACACCUCUACUCUACCCCUACCCGCACCGCCACCGCAACCCCCAAGGCCAGCCACCCACCCACCAACGUCCUCUCUGUCAGGGAGGGCUCCUGCCUUCUCGCACGCCCCACCUCUCCUCAUCCCCACCUGCUGAACUGUGCCAAUCAGUGCACUUUUGCCGCAAAGAAAUCCCACUUUAUCAUGAAAAAGGAGAAAGAUAAAUUGUUGCUUACGUAAGGGUCUCCUCGUUAUUUUACAAUGGGGCAGCCCCUCCUCACUGGCCAAGCGCUGCAGACCACUAAUGUAAAAAUAAAUGAUCAAGUCUCACUUGAAGUUUUAGCAAAUAUAUGAAGAAGAAAAAAACGCAAAAAAAGCCUAUGUAGAAUGCAAAUCACCAAGUGCUAUGUGUGCUGCGAAUGAGUAUUUAAUACACUAAAAGAAUGUUUUUAUGUUUUUACUGAAGGAAGCACAAGCUCCAGUUUUCAAUUGGAACGCUUGUCAAUCCUUCGAACGAAUGCAAAAAACAACAUAUAACGUUAAAAAAAAUGUUUCUGGACCAGAAUGAAGUGACCUGAACAAAAUUAGAUAUCCUCUCUUUUGUCAGAGGAGUGUGAUUGUGUGUAUUUGUGCUCCUAUUUUAAAAAUGUUCCUUAUUUGAACCCUCCCCUUUUUAGCUUUUAGCCCCGCGCUAUGCCUGGAGGCUCUGGCCGGAGCUGGGAGAGUAUUGCACAGAGGCUGUGGUCUUCCUGUUGCUCUAGAUCAGCACAGGGGUCACGUAGGUCACAAUGACCUUUUCAUGACCUUGCCAUCCUUACAGAAGGGUGCACGGGGUCUACUGGAUGCAGAUUACUCAUGUCCGUAGACAACAUGAGCAUCGCGGACCGUGGAGGGACAGUGCAGGGGGCGAUCGUGCGACGAUGCAUAACAUACAAGCAGAUUACAUGGCACCUUCAAACAUUAUAGAUUGGAUGCAGAUGCCUGUUUCAAACUACAACAGAGUUUCAAACUCCUCCCAUCUAAUCGUUCCUCAAUUUGGCCGUUCCAGACCCCCCUGUACAAAUGAAAUGAUUAAGGUACGGUGGUAUGGCAAGAGCAGGCUAACAGUGCCCACUCCUCAUGCCUAAUACCCUUUUAGUAUACUGUUUGACAUGGGACAGCCACCUCAGCAACUCCCUCCGUCUCAGUCUUAACCACCCCAUUUGCGCCUUUCUUUUUUAAAAAAGAAAGAAAAAGGAAAAAAAGAAGACAGUGAACCUGUUGGACCGGAGCUCGUGAUUUGAAUAUGUCUUUUUUUUUUGUUAUCAUGUCCUUGCUUGCCACAAUUAAAUUCAAUAAUUGCCUUUAAUUGCACCGAGUGGCUGUUCCGUAGCUGUCCAUGCACAAACACUGUCCUUUCAUCGGUUAGGUGGUGCCAGUCGUUGACUGUUGAUCAUGGCCCUGUGUGUACAGCACUGUUGGCUUUUGCCGCUUUUUUGUUUUUACACAUGUUGAUAAGUGCAAAUAGAACUAGAACAAGGAAUCAGAAGUACAAUUGUUCAAACUGGAUGACAAAAAUGUAGAAACAGAAGUAUUGAUGAAGAAUCUCUCCUAAUUCCACUUUGCCAUGAAUGGGUUGUGGAGGAUUCUCUGGCGUGAUACUGAGAGCAGAUUAUGAAUAAAGGUAUCUUUAGUCCAACAACUGUCAAAACCCAGUCUUAAAGCAAAAAAUAAUACCAACAGACUACCAGCAACACUAAUGUUUUAGCUUUUCUCAAAUAUGUAGUAAACUACUUUUCUAAAGAUGAUUUUUAUUAAAUAGCUAGCUGACAUCAUAUGCAAGUGACAUGCUGCAAGGGCUAUGUACAUGUUUUUUGUUUUGUUUAGCAAUCUGCUCAGACACUCGAGGGCACUGGCAUUAUGUUCAUGGAUCAGAUCUGUAUGACUUUAAAGUCAUAGAACAAUAAAAUAAAUUCACAAUUUAGGUAAAAGAAGGUCCAAUCUCGGAAGAUUGAUCCCAACGCUAUGGCAUUUAGAAGCUGUUUUAUUGCAUGGCUACAUGAAAGUUUGGGAUAGAAACAAAACCACUGAAGGGAAUGGAAAGUUUCCUGCCACGCACGGCUCGAAUGGAAGUGGAUAUCUUUACCUCCACACCAGACCCCCCAGGGGGAACAUAGAGUAUCAGUAAUCAAACAACAAAAACAAACAGAACUCCAUUUACACUCGAAUAACCUGUAGAGCUGGCAAUGAUAACACUGCUGUUUGAAUGCAACUCUUUACCAUCUAGUUGCUACUCACUGGAACUGACCUAACUUGAUAGUGUGUAGUAAUGUGCGCUCUUUGAGUAUAAUCUAUGCAGCAAGUGAAAGCAGCUUUUCUUGCUUCGUUAGCGUAAAAAUAUGAAAUGUUCAAAAGAGGCUAAUUUCUGUUGUGUCAAUCUGUGGGGUCCACCUAAUGAUGUUGUACAGGGCACAUGCAUUGCAUUUGCUUGAUUCUUAUUUUUCCUUUGUCCUUCCUUAUUUUUCCUUUUUCCUUCCUUUGUCCAAAUACUUUCCCUUAUACGUUUAAUAGUGGAUGACACAAUACAACAUACAGAAUUGCAUUUCACAUACAUUGAUUCUUCUUGUCUUUGCCCUUUUGUCUUUUCCUUAAUUACCACUUUUUUUCUUUUUUUUAAUGUUUGGUUCUAUACUGGUCAGACUCUAGUGAGCAUCUUGGACUGUGGCAACUUUGAGGUGAAAUCACUGCUGUGCUAAAUGUACUGUAACCCUACGGCCACAGGGGGGCACUAUUGGAAUCUUGAAGCGCAGCUCGGAGGAUAACUGUCACGACACGCACACUCAAAAACACACACGCACAGGCACACCCGCAGAUGCAUACACACACACACACACACACACACACACACACACACACACACACACACACACACACACACACACACACACACACACACACACGCUCGCACACACGCUCACAUACACAUACACAUACACAUACACAUACAUGCACAUUAUGUCGACAUGUGAGUCUGUGCUUCCACACAUUCUGAGUGGGUGUUUGUCUUUGUUCCUUGGUGCCACUCACCUGUUCCCAUGCCACCGCUGCUUGGCGGACAACACUCACCUGUUGCCAUGGUUGCGGCUGUCUGGCUGUGAAUAAUUCUUCAGGUUGUGGGUGCCGCUUUGUUUUAUUUAUUUUUUAGAUGUAUACAAAGCGAAGUUGUAUAUAAUAUAUAUAUUUAUUCUAUAAAUAAGUUGUCUAUUUUUCAUUUUUAUUUUGUCUGUCUCUCAGCUCAUGUUUGUUUCAUAUUGGGCCAGUAGACAUACCUUGUUUGCCCCCUUUAAAAAAACAUGGCAAACCUAACAAACAUAUCAGUUAUGUGGUGCCUAAUAUCUGACAGAAACCUCACAUUUGCGCUCUCCACUGCGCUGACUGUAGAACAAUGCCUUAACAAAAUCACCGGCAAAGUUUUAAACAAAAGAUAAGUAGUUUUAAGAGCUUUUAUCGAUUUGUUUUAUUGAUUUUUGUUUUGUUUUUGUUUUCUUUUGUCUUUUUUAAUUCUGUGAAUUGAUUUUUAUGUUGUAAUGAUUACAUUUUACUCUUGGUAAGACACAGUUGUGCAAAGAAACAGACUGCUGUGUUAGUGUUUCAAUGGGAUGGUGGUGAGCAAGAAGGGUACAUAGCCCCCAGAGACACCAGACAGGUGGCCAGCUACUAGAAAGAGGAGACGAACCAAACGUGUCAGACUGCCCUUCCAGCUGCAAUACAUCCUUAAAGGACAGAAACCCUAGUUGAGCUGGAAAAGGCAAGUCCCUCUGAGUGGUUUCACAAAGCAGAGACAGAGAAACUAUCAUGUCCCUCCUUCCCAUGCUAGCAGAGGUCUUGAGACAAAAAAACAACAACACAAAAACAACAACGGUUGCCUUUUAACUGUGUUCAAACAAAUUAUACCACUUCAAGACUGUCUGGGGAGAAGUGCUUGUCUCUGUCAGUUGAAUGUGUUACUGGGCCUGUGUUCUGGUUGUAGUAAGUACAGAAUGGAUAGAGGGCUUAAAGACACAGCACCACCACCUUGCUGUCUAUACCAUCAGCAUCACUACCACCAUCCAGUCCCUCCUCCGCUGUAAUGGGGAUGAAACAGUGGUACUUGUACAUUUGCUGGAAUAAAAAAAUAAAGAAAAUCUAUUAUUUCGUAUCAA